AUGUUCACCUAUGGAAGCGGAUAUUUUAUGAUAAUUGAUGUUAAGAAGAGGGGCAUUCCACCAGAAGUGGCUGUAUUCUUUAUGAAAGUUCUUUGUGGUUGCUUUGGAGUCACAAUUUAUGGGAUUGCGAUUCAUUUUGUUUACAGAUUUUUUGCACUAGAGAGAAAAGGAAAACUGAAAUAUUUCGAGAUCAAUUAUCUAGCUCUUUGGUUUGUGAUCCCAGUGGUUGGCGGUUUUUCGUGGUAUAUAACCAUCGAGAUAUUUUUCGAAUCUGGUUCUGGUUCUCUGGAGACUGAGUAUUUAAGAAACAUGUUCAAUAAAUCGAACUUGAAUUUCGCGGAUUUUGCAAGCAUUGGUGGGGUAUACUAUUCAACUAAUAACAGUGUGAACUGGAGAAGUAUUUCUGGAUAUUCCUGUUUUGUUAGCAUAAUGGUGAUUGCUUUUAUAAUCAUUGUGGUUGCUGGUUGGAAAAGUUGGAAAAUUGUCUCGAAACUUCUGGAACAUGGAGAAUCGGAUUUUUCGAGAAAACUACAAAUGCAAUUGUACAAAGCUCUAGUGGCGCAGACCAUCAUCCCAAUAACACUUCUCUUCAUCCCCUUUGGAGUCUUAUUCACCAUCCCGUUGUUCAAUAUUGAUUGGCAAAUUUUGAAUCGUAUCAUCGUUUGGAUUUUUGCAUUUUAUCCUGUCAUUGAUCCAUUACCAAUUAUUUACUUUGUUGAUUAUUACAGGAUUCCUGUCAUCGGUUUGUUAAAUUUUUUCAGAGAAAAGAGUUUAACGAAAGCUUACAGACGCGUUCAAGUGCAAAAUCAACCAGAUUGGUGCAGGGAGAAGUUAUUCGGAGAGCACUGUUCAAAAUUAGAAAAGAUACAAUACACUUCAAUUUUUAAUAAAAAAAAAUUCUAA